AUGGAUCGCCCUGGGUUGUCCAAGUUGCGUGCACGCUUCCGGCGGGGCAAAGGUCGGGUGAACACGCGGAGCAAGUUCAAGUCCAAAGUGGCGUACGAGGAUGAGGACAACGAGGGCAACGAGGAGGAGCAACGGCCGGACUAUGUCGACGAGGACCCAGAGGUGGAGCCUUCAAGGGACAGCCUCAUGGACUCAUGCUUCACCACAGAGCUGGACACACGGAGUCAAAUCCGACGGCUGCCCCGGCAGAACAUUCACACAGAUACGAAGAACGAGUUCGACGUGAAGAGAGAUGAAUGUGUUGCCAGGGUCCGAGAGAUUAUAGACGCAUGUGAAGACAAUGGACAAAAGUUCUUCGAUCAAAGUUUUUAUUUCGACAAGCAGGAGAAUCUGUUUCCACCUGGAACACCGGAUGACUGUACAGUGGGUUUGCCCCAGAAGUGCAUGCGAAUGUCCGAACUCUUUGGUGAAGACUGUCAGGUGUUUGUUGAGGGCGAGACAGAUGAAAUCAAUGACCCUGUGGAUGCUAGUGACAUCGUUCAGGGCAGCAUCGGCGACUGCUUUCUGAUUGGUGCGAUCUCUGGCAUCGCAGCACAUGGCUUGAAGGUGUCGGCUCAGUGGGACAAAGAGGACGCAGGCGAAGUUCCAGACAAUGCUCCGAGCGUGGAGCAUGAGGAACCCAUCGAACGGCUGUUGGUUGAAUACGAUGUGAAGGCUGGCGUCUAUGGCGUCAUGUUCUUCAAGAUGGGACAAUGGGAAUGGGUGAUCAUUGACGACUUGAUUCCCAUGUCUCCGGAUGAAGAAGAGACGCCUUUAUUUGCCAACUGCAAGGUGGGUGAUAUGGAGCUGUGGCCCAUGGUGCUGGAGAAGGCCUAUGCCAAGCUGCACCACAACUGGGAUGCCAUUGAUGGCGGCUUUGCUGGUCAGGCGGUGAAGGACAUGACAGGAGGCGUGAUGCAAAUGUUGGAUCUCUAUGGUAACGAUUCCAAAUAUCGGUGGAAGUCCUUCCUGCGGCAGGCUCAAGAUACCUUGACGGUGAUUGGUUGUGCCUGUGGAGACCAUGUGGAGGAAGAGGAAGGUGAAGGGCAAUGCGGAGAAGCCAAAGGUGUUUAUGGUCUUAUCAAGGGCCAUGCAUACACGGUCCUGUCGGCCUAUGGCCAUGACGGUGGACGUGGCCCAUGUAUUGUCAAAGUGCGCAAUCCUUGGGGCAAUGAUGCCGAGUGGACUGGAGAUUGGUCUGAUGACAGCGACAUGUGGAACAAAUAUCCGGAGGUCGCGGAGGCCGUGAACUUUGACCCACAGGCUGAUGGAAUCUUUUGGAUAUCUUGGAAGGAUUUCAAGUACUACCUGGGGUCCCUGGAGAUUGUGCGUUUUUUCCCUGGUUCAUGGAGAGUCAUGACUCACUAUGCGGAGGCCAGCGGCAAUGAGAGAGACAACACCUACAUCGUUCAUGUGUCACAGUCCAGUGAUCCACCUGCCAAAGCUGUCUUCGUAUUGGGUCAGAGCCACACCAGAUGCGCUCACAGCAUCCUGGAAGAUGCGGCCUCUGAGGAAGCGCAUCAGAUCCAGAAAGGACAAAGCACUUGGGACGGCACGGUCUCCGAAAGGAUGAAGUUGGAGGUGGCAUAUCUAGGAACUAAUCAGCCGCCCAAGCGUAUGGGAAAGCUGAAGAAGAUGGGGAAACCUUUGCCCAAUGGUUCAGCCGACAGCGGUGAGGCUCAGGAAGUCGUUUGGGUGGAGCAACGCAACUUGAAGGUGGGCUACUACAUGGUCAAGGUGAGUGAAAUUGACGAGGGAAUUCAAUACUAUCUUCGAGUUCAUUUCAACCCAGAGGGUGAGUUGAGUAGUUGGCAUUUGCCAAAGGGCAGAGAAAGCGCCUUGGGCUACUCACAAUUCGAGGUGGAAGAAGAAGAAUAUGAUGAAGAGGCGGAGGAGGAAGAACUGGAUGAUGAUGGAGAGUGGGAAUCAGAUGAUUACGAGUACGAGGACUGA